GAAAGCGUUCACUUAGAACGUGUGGACAUCUUCAAGUAGAAUAUGUGGAAACUUUCACUUGGAAUGCAUGGACACUCUUGCAUGGGUACUUGCAUGCAUUCACACAGCAUGCAUCCGUGUGUGAACCUUAGAAUGUGGCCCUGUCCUCUGCAUCAGGGCUGAAAGCGUGACUUUGGACACUCACCAUGUCCGUGGACACUAAACUAAUAACAAACUUUGGUUUGCAUUGGUUAUAAAGGUCUAUAAGGCUUGUGCAGGAUGACAACCGUAUUCGGUUUGUAGUUUUCUUAUCGUUAGGACAGUGGCUUGGAUUCUAAGUCUAUUUUUCCCCCUCUAUUGGCACACAGAACGGUUUGAGUCCACUGAGGAGACGGAGGGGUGGAGCGCGCGCAGAGCGGAGCGAGCGCAGAGCGUUUGUGUGACAGAGAGACACAGCAGAGCGCGAUAGCCUGUGCGCGCGGCACUCACCACAGACCGGCGCGUGCCACAAGCGUUUUAACGGCUUUUUAACGGAAAGCGUGUCGUUCCACAAAAACUCUCGAGAGAACAAACGGAUCGAAACGGAGAGAAAUGGACGACUGAUACACAGGUGAUGGCUUCUCAAAAUUGAUGCAAGCAGUGGUUCCGUCCAUCACCAUGUGAUAUACAAUCAGAAUGAUGACAAUGCCUCUGGAUGAACGGAGACUUCAACUCAAAACAUCAGCUUCAGGUUCUUUUCGUUUUGGAAGUGGUGACAAACAGUGACAGCUUUGACUGUUUAAGACCGCAACCGUUUUUCUGAAUGGAGUUAUCCUUGCCUCUGUGCCUAUAUUUUACAAUAAUCCUACCAGUAAUGUCUGCAAUGGCCAUCUGUCACUGAAGUGACAGGAAAUCCAAUAGAACUGAAGAUUUUAACACAGUCUUAUCUCAUUGCUGAUCAACCAUCAGUUGUAUACACACACACUCAUACCCUACUACUCACACAAAAAAGGACCACCAAACUCACUCAAGGAGGUCCAAAACUUGGUGGCAGGAAAAAAGAAUCCGCCAAAAAAGUUUCCAAAGGAGUUGUGCUGAUUGCAGGAUACUGAAAGACCAUGGCAGCUGAAAGUGUAAUUGAGCUCAGGGACUGGCUGUUCCUGCUUCUCCUUUGCCUGACUUUAUUGGUGGAAGUGCUGGAAUUUGCAGCAGCAACAGCUGCCAUCACCGAAGCAGCACUUGGGGAGGCAGAGCUUCAGGGUGAUGUUCCAUGUCCAUCAGCAUGUAGGUGUGAUGAUGGCUUUAUUUACUGCAAUGACCGUGGAUUGAGCAUCAUACCACCUUUGCCAUUAACAGCAGCUGUGCUCUAUUUGCAAAAUAAUCGCAUAAAUAAUGCUGGCCUACCAACCUCUUUAGAAAGGCGAAUGACUGUUCAAGUAGUUUAUCUUUAUGACAAUGAACUUGAUGACUUUCCAACACAUCUGCCUCCAUCACUCCGUGAACUGCACCUUCAGGACAACAACAUACGAACUUUGCCUCGUUCAGCUCUUGCACGUUUACCCUUGCUAGAGAAACUCCACAUGGAUGAUAAUUCGAUUUCAACCGUAAGCAUUGAAGACAAAGCUUUUGCAAAUAAUCCACGACUACGACUUCUCUUCUUGUCACGCAACCACCUUUCAAGUAUACCAUCAGGAUUGCCAUCAUCACUAGAGGAGCUCAGAUUGGAUGACAAUCGAAUUUCUACAAUUCCAACACAUGCAUUCAGGGGACUUACCUCACUAAGACGUCUUUUUCUUGAUGGGAACUUGUUGGCAAAUCAACGUAUAGCUGAUGACACAUUUUCACGACUAUCUAAUUUAACAGAGCUCUCUUUGGUACGCAACUCUCUUCAGUCACCACCCUUAAACCUUCCUAGCAUGCACCUUCUUAGACUAUACCUACAGGAAAAUGCUAUGACUCAUAUGCCAAGAGGUUCAUUGGAUGGCAUGCAUAGGCUGCAGAAGCUUGAUUUGUCAGGCAACAACCUGACAACUCUUCCAAGGGGUUUAUUCAGGGACUUGGACAGCAUCUCUCAGCUACUUCUGCGUGGGAAUCCCUGGUAUUGUGGCUGCAACCUCCGCUGGCUCCAUGACUGGUUGCAUAUCCGAGGUUCGUCAGUAACAGUGAGGGGUCUAACAUGCCAUGGACCAGAAAAAGUUAGGGGCAAAUCACUUAGGGACCUCACAAGUCAAAUGGAACAAUGUGAGGCAGGUUUGGAUUUACCUGGAGGAGUUGGAGGAUCAGUGGGAGGUGAUGGGCCUAAAAGAGACAAAGGGGAUUCUUCAACUGAAACCCCAACCACAACAACCCUCACUCUUCCCCAGGGUUCUCUCUUCACACUCAGGUCCAGACGACCCGUACACAGAUACCCUGACUUGAGACAGGACAAUUCUGCAGAGGGUGAAGGUGAGGAUGUUGGUAAAACAUUGUUGAUCAGUGUAAAGCCUUUAACUCCAGAGACAGCCCAUAUUACAUGGCAGGCUGCUCAACCAGCUUCAGCGUUCAGGCUAUCCUGGCUAAGACUAAGCAGUAACCCAGCCAUGGGAUCAAUUACAGAGACACUUGUCCCCGGAGACCGCCGAGAGUAUUUACUCACUCAGUUACAACCACGGUCAAGUUAUAUUAUUUGCGUGGUGCCUCUUGUUGUCAAUAAAGGAAGAAGGACACCAUUUACAGGAACAGGGGGGUUGAAUUCGAACACUGACUCAGAGCAUGAACACCCUGCUUGUGCCAGAACAGAGACAGCAGACCUUCAGAUUCAGCCUAGAGCUGAUCAAGGUCAGGGUGAUCAAGGUACAGAUGAAUUUACUGUCUUACCCCUUGCAGGGAUUAUAGGAGGGGUGACUGCAUGUGUUUCUCUGUUCUUAAUUUUUGGGAUUUUCUGCUGGUAUGGACAUCGGGCUGGGUAUCUUACAGCUGAUGAUCAUACUGUCUAUGCGCGUGACGUUGUUGGGCCUCGUAGUGCUGUCAAGCAUUAUGAUGACUAUGUAGAAUCUGGUACCAUUAAGGACACUUCGAUCUUAGAGAUCGGAACACCUGGUUUCCAGAUGACGCCGUUGGCGGCCCAACAGCCCCUGCAGCCAAAGGCAAAAGUUGAGGACAUGACAUAUAUUCAUACUAUUUUUCCCUCGAAUAAUACAACCCUUUACAGGAGCACCCUAAACCACACAGCAAAUCCAAGCUAUGGAACAAACCGUGGAUACAGAGAAGGUGGAAUACCAGAUAUAGAUUAUGCUUACACGUGAUAGUCUUUGUAAUAUCCCCUAAGUUUUCUGGCCACUAUCUUUAAGACAAAGUAGCUGAGUAGGGCUUUGUUCAUUGUCUUAGGUUCCAAAGUAGGGGUGUGCCAACUCUGAUGUAGUCUAUCAUUUAUAUCCAAAAUAAUCUCAUAACUUUAAAAUGCUUGUUUUGAACAUAUUAAAUCAAACAGGUAAUUACACAACUGCAUAAACAGGUUGUAGAAACAAUCCAUGAAAUCCAGUGGUCUCCAAAUCCAGUUAAAACCAAAUUUGUUUCCCAAACCACUCAAGGUACAAAAACAAAAACAGAUCUUUUGAGUUUGAAUAUAUUUAUUGAUUUAUUAGGGUUAUGUGAUAUGUCUCAUUAUGAACACAUAAUUUCUAUUAGACAAGAUUACCAAAUGGCCUCAUUUCCAUACAGUCAUAAAGCAGGUUUUCACAUGGCACACCCCUAAUCCAAUGUACCCUUUUGUGCCUCCUUUGGUCUGUUUCCAGUCUAUCUGUAAACCGUUACAAUUUGGGACAAUGAUUCCCUGGGAAAAAAAAUCUAGAACAACAAAUAAGUGCCAGAGAUACCAUUCUUGGUAUUGAUAUUAUUUAACAUUGAAGGUUUGGGGAACUUUUAUAUUUUUUCAUACCUGUUUUCUCCUUGAGCUAAGUCAUGUUAAAGAAACAUAACAGUAGCAUUAAGAUAAUGUUAUCCUGUGGAACCAGGUGUGUAUAGUUAUAACUUUACUACCUGUACUGUGUAUGAGCGAAGGAAAUGGGUGCCUUUCAUUUGCUGCCAACAUCAACUAUGACAAAUUAACAAAAACCUUUUUUUGUUUGUAAUUCAGAUUAUAGGUUCUUACUAUUCCCAUUACCCCCUUUCUCUCUUUAGAUUUUCUCUGGUGUUGUAUUUUUUUUAUGCUGUGCAAUGACUUUAUUCCCAGCCCAAAAAGCUGACAAAGGUGAUAGAUGUUUUACUAUUAUUCCGGUUUCUUUCUUUUUAUUGUGUGGGUGCCAGGAAAACUGAAAAAAUGGUUUCAUGGUUUUGUGCUUGCUAAGAAAUUAGUCUUUAAAAAAGUUAUUUCAAAAUGAGGGUGAUAUUUUAAAAACCAGAGCUUAAAAGAAGCUAGAUGAGAUGUUCAAAAGGGGAAAAGGCUAUUCAAAGACAAUCAUGCGAGUAAGACAUCUCUCUCAAACUGACAGCCUGACACAGAUAAAGCAGUCAAUUUGGUACUAACUUAAUCCAAGCUAAUGGGAAGAGGAUAUCGAUAGAGAACCACUGUCUGGAGAAUAACAUGAGCACUUAAUCCAAUAAAGGCCAUGAAAAGUAGCCAGUGGACAUUUCCAUGACUCUAACUAUGUCACCAUGAAAAACCACUAAUAAAAUCCAUCCAUGCCCUUAAGGUACUGACAAUAGAAAUCAGGUACAAAUAGAAAAGUAACAUUUACAACACUGUGGACCUCUGCAACUUUUGUAUAAGUAAUGGAAUGUGGUAAAGAAUGCCGUCAUUCUUUUUAAAAGGUUAAGGAGAAUCUUAUACCCAAAUUAACUGGUAGAAACUGGAAGCAUUGAUUGUAAAGAUGGAGUGUUAGUAAUGUCAGCAGAAUAGUAUAUAGUCCCUUUAAUUUUCCUGCCUUUUAUGAUGCAUUUUGAAAGUGAAAUAUCUGAAUAAAUAGCAAAUCUGUCACUUUUUCUCUGCAGUAAAUAAUAAACAGCUUGUUUUUUCCCAUC